GCGUGUCAUACUUGCUUUCCAAAAGUGCGUCCAUUCAAGGAAUUCAUAAACCAACCGUGGCCUCGUGAAUACGGUCUUUCUUAUUCUUGUGUUCUUCCUAGUUCAAAAUCUGUCAUUCACGAUUCAAGAAAGCAUUCUCUGUCGUUGUUCUUCAAAUGCCUCAAGAAAGAACCAAACCCAUGGAGAAGAAUCCUCAAUUUCGUCCCUCUGACACUGAUCUGAUAAUGCAAUUGUUGAAAUUUGUGGCUGGAAAAUGCUUACCAACUGAAGAAUUGAUUGUCUAUGCAGAUGUUUACAGCAAAGAGCCAUGGCAAUUAAUUGGAAACAUGAAUUCCAAGAAAACCCAUUACUUUCUCACUCAAUUGAAGAAGAAGAAGCCCACUGAUGCCCGAUUCAACAGAACUACUGGUAAUGGGACUUGGACACAGCAGAAUAAAGGCAAGCAAAUUCUUGAUGAAGAUGAUAGUCUGAUUAUUGGGUAUAAAAGAAGCUUGACUUACAAGCACAAGAAAGACUCCUCUUUGAAUGGCCGCUGGUUGAUGAUGGAGUAUUUCUUGGCUGACUAUCUUCUUCAGGAGUUGAAAUCUGACGAAGCUAAACAGUUUGUAAUCUGUGCGAUUAAGAAGAACCCCAGAUCAGAAAUCAGAGGAAACAAUGCUGCUACUGUUGUAGAGUAUAAGAGGUUCAUCGAUCGUGUCUUGCAAGAAGGGGUUCAUCGCCAAACCUCAGGACCCUCAGAACAGAGUACUGUGAUUUUGUCUAAGAACAGUCCUUUGAUGUUGGUUCAGACUGAUUCUGAUGGAUUCUUUGGAGUGCUGAACGUGGAAAAUCAAGAAUGCUGUUAUCAGGAAGGUGAUGAGGAGGAAGUUGAUUGGGAAUCUAUAUUGGAUUUUGGGGAUCAUGGUUCAGUGCAGAAUGACUUGCUUUACUGAUUCUGGAAAAUUGAAGUUUGGUAGAUUUCUGAAAAGGGUAUUUUUUAUUCUUGAGUUUCUUUGAAAUCCAAGAUGACUUUUUUUUUUUUGAUUUUGGGUACUUUUUGUUAGGAUAUCUGUGAAAUAUUAGGGAUUUAGGAGCAUGAUUCUGACAUUGACUUAUUGGAUAUUUAGAUUAUGUUGGUGUUAAUUAACAACCAACACAUUUUUCAUCAUCGAUUAUGUGCAAUGUAGAUGAUGUUGUCAUUUUCUCGAUGUCUCUGUAACUCUUAAGAGUUCAUUCUUAUUGUUUAUAAUGAAAAGUUCAAUUAUGAAA